AAUAGCGGCUCUCUCCUCAAUUCCUAAUUCGCCAAUCCCAAGAAUCUAUUUAAGACUUCUCUGUUUCCCCCGUCACCCUUCUUUCAACAGCUAUCGCUGUCAUUCAACUUGAUAAUCUCAAGCAUACGUUAAGAAAUCAUUCAAGAUGGUUUACACAAUCGCCUCCCCGGACGAGUAUCUCGCCAUCACUGGCGCUGGAAUCAAGACCCUCAAGAUCGUCAAAAGUGCUUGGGUUUGGCCUUUCCAACGAUGCCAACGCUUCAGCAUCCAGCCGCACGACUACUCCAUGAAUCUUCAGGCGAUGACCCGAGAAAAGUUGCAAUUCCUCCUUCCUGUUGUCUUCACCGUUGGUCCAGAUGUCAAUCAACGUGGAGCGGCCGCCAGCCAAGCUCCUCGUGAUACUGGACAUCUUGAGCAUAACCCCGAGGAUCACGGAGAUGCACUCAUGAAGUAUGCAAUGCUUCUUGCAGAUGCUGAGAGAGAGGCCAAAGGUGCCAGCAAGGGACAGCACAUCGAGAACAUCGUGAAGGGUAUUAUUGAGGGCGAGACUCGUGUUCUUGUUAGCUCUAUGACAAUGGAAGAGAUCUUUACCGAACGUGAGGAAUUCAAGAGACGCAUUUUCAGAAACAUCCAGGGCGAAUUGGACCAAUUUGGUCUCAAAAUUUACAAUGCCAACGUUAAGGAGCUCCGCGAUGCCCCUCAGUCAAGCUACUUCGAGUCUCUCUCUCGAAAGGCACAUGAGGGUGCUAUCAAUCAGGCUCGUAUUGAUGUUGCUGAAGCUCAACGAAAGGGUAAUGUCGGUGAAGCCGCCCGCCAGGGAGAACAGAAUCGUGAAAUCGCAAAGAUCAACGCCGAGACUGCGGUACAGAAGACUGAGCGAGACAGCGAGAAGGCCAAGGCCGAGGCUACCCUCGCAACCCGCAAGACAGCUUUCAACAGGGAUGUCAAUAUCGCACAAAUCGAGGCAACACGUGCCACAGAAGCUCGUGACGAAGAGCUUCGAAAGGAGGUCGAGACCAAGCGUGCUCAGACCGAGCUUGAGCGAUUGAGAGCUACGGAUGUCGUGAAGGCAACCAUCGCCAGAGAGUCUAAGCAACAGGCUGCUGACGCUAAGAACUAUGAAGAGCAAGCUCGCUCCAAUGCAGCACUUUACAGUGAGCAGAAGGCAGCCGAUGCCCAUGCCUACAAAGUCCGAAUUGAAGCUGAGGCCCGCUUCCUUGCUGCCGCCAAGGACGCCGAGGCUUUGCUUGUCAGGCAGCAAAAGGAGGCCGCUGGCAUGUCCGCCAUGGCUGGAGCCUAUGCAGAUCUCUCUCACGCUUUCGGUGGCCCAGCUGGUCUUAUUCAAUACCUCAUGAUUGAGAAGGGUGUUUACACACAACUGGCCAAGGCAAACGCCGACGCUGUUCGCGGUCUCAAUCCCAAGAUGACCAUUUGGAACACAGGUGCUCAAGCCGGCAGCGAACAAGCUGGUGGUGCUGAAGGUUCAAUGGGUGGGGUGAACAGUAUUCGCAACAUGUAUCAAAUGUUGCCACCUCUCAUGUCGACUAUUAAUGAACAAGCAGGCGUCGUUUUACCUGAAUGGCAAUUUGGAAAGCUUGCUGGUCAGAUCUCGGACCGCGAAGUUAACGGGAAGCCCGUCAACGGUCUUGGUGCUAAAGCAACUUGAGGGCUCAACGCUGAAUCUCCAGGGACAGGGAAAACAUACGAAUAUCGAGUGUUGCUGGGGUGCUGAUUGUUUUCUUUUGUUCAUAUACAGUCCCUCUUUCCCUUCUCUCCACUUUGUUGCAUGCAUAGCUUCUCUGCGGGAUCAUUUUCGCAACUGCCUCAUCGGACAUCCUUGGUUGCAUCAAGCGUUUGGAAUUGGCGUUUUACUUCGGUCUUGCUUGUACAGUAGUCAAACGGCGGAAUAAAAUAAUUCUCAAAACCAUCGAGACUAUUUAUGUAUGAGAGAAGAUGUCUGCUCCAUUACCACCACAUGGAACAACACUUCUUGGCCCAAGCAAUAGGCUUCUGACUCUUUCAAAAAGAACUCAUCUGCGCUACACGAGAGUAGUCGAGCUUGAGCUAACAAUAACGCCGA